CCGUAAGAUGGAGACACUAUAGAUAGGCACACUUUUUUUACCUAAUAAGGUUUUCAAUAUUGAUUGUUCAUAAUUAUUUCCCAUUUCUUACCUGUGUGUGAAGUGUUAAAGUGGAAAAUACUCAAAAGAAAAAGAAAAAAUGAAUACGAACGUACGAUGACACCGUGCAUGCGUAUCGCAUACUUGACUUUUGGUUGGUAGUAAAAAGCCACCCACCCUAUAUGUGGAACAAUGCGGAAAUGUGUUCAUAUACAUAUGCAGUUAAGUUGAAGAUGCGCAUGAGUAGGUAAAAUCAGACAAGAACUCGACGACGCAAAAGUACGUGAAACGAGUGAAGGAAAGGAAGAAAAAAGGAAAGAAGGAAGGGGUAGAGAACAUUCUGAUGAAUCAAGCGCAUCGAGGUGAAAGUGGUAGCUUAGCAGUCAACGGAUUACGAUAAAGCACAAAAGGAUAACGUUGCAGUUGGUUGCAGGAGAUCUGAGAGUUAAUUCAUUAUGGAAUUGCGUGAAGUGAAUCGUACUUUUGAUACUGCGGAAGAAACUACGGAACUUCUAUCGCCAUCCAACCGCGAUAACAUGGAAAUUGAAAGUUAUUUCAUUGAAUACGCUAUUCAAAAAGAGAUAAUAAAUCGCAAUCGAUGUCCUGCUAGUCGUCGUCUACUUAGUCAAACGGCUCAUUUGGCAGAUUUUAAUCUUGCAAAUGGUAAUCAUCAAAAGGAUACUGUUGGCAUCAGUAUGAUUCAUACCUCGAACGCAAAUUGGCCUCCUUCUAGAAAAAGGGAAGAGGCCAAAGCGUUAGAAAAUCUUCGAAAAAGAGUGGAACAAUCGAAAUUGUACAAAGCAAAUCGAAUUUCAGAUACCUGCGGAUCGACUUCUGUAUCUUCGGUUUUGAAUAACGAUCAAAUCCAUCAGUUGGACAAUCGACCGAAGCUGUUAAAAAAGAUCCUGAGUAACAGGCCGAUGAGUAUCGCACAUGACAGUAACGAUUUGGAGACCGACUGGCGAGAUAGUGAAUUUAUAACUGAAUGUUUAUGCUGGCACAAUGUUUAUCGACAAAGACACAAUGCACCGCCGUUAACGAUGUCACCACAGUUGUGUGAGUACGCGCAAACAUGGGCUAAUCAUUUAGCGCAUACUAAUACGUUUUACUAUAGAAACGAUCGAGAGGUGGGACAAAAUCUUUAUUGUCGACCUGGUAGUGCUAUUCCAACUGACGUAACUGGACAAGAUGUUGCGUCGUAUUGGUAUUCAGCUGUGAAGCAAUAUGAUUUUUUAAAAGAACCGGAUAUCCUCCAUGCUAAUGUAAACGCAGGUCAUUUUACGCAACUAAUUUGGGCAAGUAGUCGUUAUUUCGGGGUUGGAAAAGCACGCAGUAGAAGCGGAAAAAUCAUUGUAGUGGCUAACUAUCAGCCUGUUGGUAAUAUAUCCGGACAAUUCCAAAAUAACGUGUUACCUCCUUUACCCGAAAAUGUAAAUAUUACGUUAUCGUCUCAACGGCAACCAUCUAUAAAAGUCUUUCGUGAACAUUAUAUUGCGUCUGAUUCGCCACCGCUAGCAACGUCCACUCUACCGCUUUCGGAUAUAGCAUCAACAGAUAGUGAUCGAUCUUCCGUCAGUUCCACGCAAUAAUAUAGACGACCGAAUUGCCUCUUCUGCGUUUGCACGCGUGGAUGGGAUAAGCAUUGAUUAAAUUCGACGAUUUCUUUCAUCAUUUGUUUUGUCUUUGUUGUUUCGUCUAAUUUCCGAUUAAAAACUAAAAAGAUGAAAACACAUAUACUGUAUAACACGGUGAUAAGUCAAAUGAAAAAGAACUGAUAUGUACGAAAUGCCUGCGAUAUAUACGACAAUUUAUAUUUGUGAAUGCAAAUUAACGGACAAUUGUACUGAAUUGUAUUCAUUUAUAUUUUGUUUGUCGUUGUCUGUCUUUUGCUGACGACGAAGAAAAGCAAGAUGAAAACAACGAGAAGAAAUAGAAUAAAUUUUCAUUUUAAGAUUAGCGUGCAAAUCUCGUAGAACGGGCAUAUAUAUAUACGGGCACUUUCGGGUAAUUUUCGCACAAUUGUAUAAUUCAUAUAGAAAUUGAUGGACUAAAAGAACUUGAGAGAAAAAGGGAAGCAAACGAAAACGAUAUGUUGUAUGUUAUACUCUUACGAGCAGUAUACAAAGAUUUCACAUUCAGAGUUUAAGAUUUUUUAUACAUUAUGAAUAUCAUAAUGAUCUAUUUCUUGUCAGGUAAAGCAUACUACUUACCAUGAUUAUGUUGCCUAUUUGUAAUAUAUAUAUACUGAAGAAAUAAUAUAUUAUUCGCUUGCAGCGAUUCAUCUGUGGCUUGUACAAGCAGCGAUAAAUAACAGACGAGAUACCGAAAACUUUAGGUUGCAAGUUGGAUAGAGUACAAAUUACAGAAUAGAAUACAAGAUAUGUAUUAAAAUCGUGUAGUAUCGUCUACACGCUCUUGCGUACUGCUCGUUAAAUUUGUACGUUCGAUUCAAGAGCUUUUUCUCUUCGCGACAAUAGUAUAUGAAUAUAUAUGUUAUUUAUAUACACAUGUACAGUGUACCUCUCGUAACUAUCACUACGAUUUUUCAAACACGUCUGAUGUUCCGACAAAGAAAUACGUUGAUCAACUUCACUUUUCAGUCGGCUACUCAAAAUUUCUAAAAAUGUUUUUUUCCAAUACAAAGUGAAGGGCAGUUUAACUUUUUUAAUUGACACAUAUUGUAUAUUACGUUAUACUAUAUUAUAAUGUGAAACAAAUUUAACAACCUACUGUAUCAUGACGUUGAAAUGACUUUGAAUGUAGAAACGUAGAAUAAACGAAGGGAAGCAUUAUCGUAGACACGCUUCGCAAGUUACAUUUAAUAUGAUAAUGUUUCCUUUGAUGCACUCGACGUUUCUAUGAUUGUAAAUAUACGAUGUACAAGUUUAUUUCACUGUUUACUUCGUAUAUAGAGCGUUGAGUUCGUUUUUAUACAAGGUUACAACGCUAUGAAAUCAGAGAUACGUAGUAUCGUUUAGAAAGGUCAAAAUGAUCUUGACUUUUUAGUGGAAAAAAUUUUUUUUUGAAAUUUCAUGUAUUACAAAAUGAAUUUUGAUUUGAUUACAAACUGAUUAACUUUUGUUGAAACGUUCUUUUGUGAAAAUGUCGUCAGAAGUACGUGAAAAAUCGUGGCAUACGUGGGAGAUACACGUACAUAUAUACAACGUGUUAAGAUGUAAAAAUGUUCUAAAAAAAAAUUGCAAUCACCUAAUACUUGACGAGAUGAAAGUGAGAAAAGCUUGGUCACUGCAAUUUAAUGCGUACAACAAUUUCCUACUUCGAUAAUGCUUAUUUAUUUACAAUGUAAUUAUUUACAACAACAACAACAACAACAAAAGUUAUCAUCGAUAUUAAAAUAUUCAACUUUAUUUAACACGAUUAACUUUCGAAGUACUCUUUUUUCCAUACGAUCAAUUUCUAUAUUCUUUGAUUAUUUUUCUUUCUACAGUAUACAUAGUACGUAUAUACACGCGCUUGGAAAAAGGAGUAAAUUUUAUUUUGUAAAUCAGGCCUAAUCAGGUACAAAUUGCGGACAGAUCUGAUAUAAAUUCUUUACAGUUAUAUUGUAUUGUGCGUUGAUGAAAGAUUUAUCGUACGCAUCGAUUCUCAGCGUUUACUAUAAAUUCAUCGAAUCUCUUUGAGUUAGCUUGAAAGUGAACGUUAGCGUCUAAUAUCGGAUGAUAUUUUUUGUUGCAAAAUUGUAGAAAUAUUUAAAUUGCGGAAAUAAUUGUUCCUUCUAGAAAAUUUUUAUUUUUACUGAUAGAUUUUUCAAACGUUUGACUUCACGUUCAUUUAAAAUUUUUUAAAAGCGUAGAACAAUAAAAAAAAUUGACUUGACUAUAAAUAGCACAGUCAGAUGAUCUUACAGAUUGUGGAAAAAUAUGUUUAUGAUAAAUAUGUCUCUUUAAUUGAUGUAUAUUGGUGGAGUUUUUAUCCAACUAUGAAUAUACACAAUGGAAGGAGAAACAUGCCUAAUUGCGUGAUUCAAUAUUUCAAUAUAAAAAUGAUAUACAUAUACUAUCAUUUUAUUAAAGAUACACGAAAGAAAGAAUAAGCUAUUUUAGGCGUCUUGAAAUUAUUUUAUCAUGUUUGCAAUGCAAAUAAAUACAUGGUACAUAGAACUUUGCAAACCGAAAAGAAAGGGAAAUCAACGUUAAAUCGUUAAAAUUCUUUUCUCAACUUUUCAAAUCUUACAACUAAUUUGAUAUUUUUAUUUUUUUCACUGAUUGACGAAACGAAAGUAGUUGUCAAAUAAAAUAAUAGUAUUCAAAUACAUUAACAAGAUUACAGUUUGCACUUAAAAGUUAUAUAGCGAAUAACGUCAUAAAUUUGUCAAAAAAUAUUGUUUUUCUUUUCCAAUUGCUUUUGUUUCAUAUUUUCAAUCUCUUGUCAGUACAAUAAUAAUAGUACAUUAUUUACUAGUAACGUGAGAAAGCAAUAUUGUGAAUCGAAAAUAGUUUCCUAUGACCGAGCAGCUCAAUGACUAGUAUAUUAACGAAUACUAAAAUAAAGAAAAUAUCAGUAGAACAGACAUAGCUUCUUUCAAUCGAUGUACUUCCAAUAAUACUGCCAGUAGGUUUCAGAUUUUGGUAAAUAAUAAAUUGUUAAAUUGUCGAUCAAAGAUUUUAUGAAAUGAUUUUAAUUUCGUUCGUGACUAAGGCGAUUUCAAGUUAGAAGCAAACGUUAACUUGCUACAUUUACAUACAUUUAUCAACGUAGCUCCGAAUUUCUCGUUUUAAUAGCGAAUAACAUCGAUAUACAUGGACAUCAAACAUUGUCAAAAAAAAUUUUGAUUAAGAGUUGUUGAUUCAAAGCUUUGAUUAACACAGGUAACAACGUGAGAAUAUCUCUCAUAACGCUUACUGCGAUAAUAGUAAUAGUAUCAAUAGAACUUUGAUAUUCUGCUAUUCUUCGUAUUUGUAAAAUUUUAAUACGAGGACGAAUAAUGAUUUGUUGUGCGUUCGUGAUUUGUUGUUUGCCCUUCUAAUUAUUCUUUAUAAACAUGACAAUUGUUGUUAAAAAUAACAAAUGAAUAAAUGAUCGCCUGGGUAAACGUAAUUUAAAUUGAUCGCUUACUUAAACUUAAAAAAAGUGUGAUAAUAUGUUAAUUUAUGCCUAUGCGCGUGUAUAUGUGAAAUUUUUUAAUCUCUUGAUUGCAUUUGGACAGUUAAAAAUGUACUGUGUGUUGAUAGAAGAAUGUGAUAAAAUCAUAAAAUUAAUUAAGACUUUAGAGCAAAUGAAAUAAAUUUUGAACUUCAAAACAGAAGACUUGAAAUUUAAAAUAUUUCCAUUUUAAAUUGGUAAACAUACAGCCUUCUUUAUAAAUACCUCAAUGGAUAUCUAUGCCUUAGUUUAUCACUAUUCACCAUUUCUUUUCUGUCAACAGUGCUAAAGUUAAUAACAACGAGCUUGAUCUUAUUUUACUUUUCGUUUGCAACGCAAUACCCAUGAAA